AGACCGAGAAGCCAUCUGCCCCGUUAGAUUGAUUCAUCGUCGGCUGCCCGUGCGUCGGUGUGCGUCGAUGGCGAGCAUCCGGAAGGAGACGGAGAGGGCGGUGGUGCAGUUCGGUGUGAACGUGAUAGGCUUCCUCUUCAUCCUCUGCAUCUACUACAACUACGUCAUCCUCCAGGGCUACUUCUACGCCCUCUUCUGGGCAAUCAUCCUCAGCAUCCCCCUAUUCAGCAUCAAGACCACCAUCAUGGACGUGCUGGCUCUCGAACACGACACGCACCAAUACGGGUCGUCAUCAAGCAUCACCUACGUCCAGCAAAGGGUGGUGGCACCGCCGCCUGUGCAGCCGGUGCCAAUGGCACAACGGCAGAGAGAAAGGUCGAGGUCGCCGCGGCACUCGCAGUCACAGCCAGAGGCCCGGCCAUCCCUUGUAUCGCCCGGCAAGCGCCCCAACAACGGAUCUGGCAGCGGCUCGUGGACAAUGUUCAUCAUCUGGCGCAUCCUGGUGCUGCUGUUCGAGCCCGUCUGGGGGCUCAUCAACGGCGUCGAGAGCCGGCGCGCGUCAGACCCGUACUUCGGGGUGUUGUGGCGCAGCGUCAUCACGCUCAAGGCGUGGCAGUUUAUCUACUUUUAUCGCGAGACGGUGGUGGUGGCUGGGUGCACCGGGGUGGCCAUGUUUGUGGGGAUGCGGUUCAUCCGGUCGUCGGCCGUCGUCACCGAGAUCAAGUCGUACAUCCAGUCGCUGCUGCAGUCGAUCCGUAUACUGCUCUCCUGGCUGCCUCUCAACGAGAUACUCGUCGUGUGCGUCAUUGUGGGCUCCAUUCUCGGAUUCAUGGCCAUUGUCGGCUUCUUCGCCUUUCAGCUCGGUAGGUAGCUAACACAACAUAACACGCCCACAGAGACAGACACCCACAGAGAGAGAGAGAGAGAGGGGAGUGCACUCGAUAGAUACCCCGUAUAGACAGACACCUUUGUGUCUGGCUGUCCCUGUGUGGUGCAGCCCAGGAGAGCGUGCAGCUGUGGGAGCUGAUCAAUCGGUUUUUCCGUUCCAACAUCUUCGAGAGCGCCUUUUGGCAGGACAACGUCAUCACGACCGUCGACUGGGCCUACAGCAACCUGGACAUCGGCGGGGAGGACCUCACCGUCAAGAAGGGCUACGAUCAGCUGGCCGAGUGGAUCAAGAACACCGCCCUCCAGCAGCUCACGGCCAUGGGCAUCAACAUCGACAUGUACAGCCAGUACUACUUGCUCUUCACACAGGCCCUCACCGCUGACUACCCACACAGUGUGGCACAAGACGGAGGAGGAGGACCACCACAACAACCAGUAGGGGCAGCAGGGGCAGCAGGAGCAGCAGCCAGACAGGCGCCGCAGAUCCCCCACCCACACCGACACUCACACACCAAUCGGACGUCAUCCACACCCACCAUCGGCGCAGGGCACGCCCCCUUCAUCCCCUUCUCCCCCUUCCACCAUCACCACCAAGCAGACAGGCGGCCGCAUGGCCAUGGAUGGAUGGCCCCCGCACCCCAAGCACCCCAAGCGGCCCAACCAGGCGACCAACCGCCAAGGGCAGCCGAAAGCGCCCAGGUGCCCAGUGAGCCGGGCCGCAGCGGCAGCCAGCCGGAGUGUGACGACGACAGUCCAGAAGGGUGUGGCGAGCCGCCCACGGCCGACAGCAAGCCGAGUGCCGGCCAGCAGGACAACGUGUCGUCGCGUGUUGCGGCUGGGGGCGGUGUGAGGGGCGGGGGAGGAGGUGGCGGGCCGGCGACGACGUCGAUAUCGAUGUCAGAGUUCUGGGGCCGAUUCCCCACCACUCUCGAGUUCGUGUCGGAGCUGCGCCGGGGCAACAUCACCGCUAUCACACAAAUCAAAAAGGUGAGUGACCGACACGCACGCCGACCCGACUCUCUGUGUGUGCGGUGAGGUGAUCAUGUAGCAUGUAGCAUGUACCACUGAAUGUGCGUUCGUUGUGUUGUGUGCGGCGGGCGUGUCAGGUGUGGCGAGAGCUGUCAGACAAGCUGCUGGAGGGGACGACCAGUGAGGUGCAGGAGUGGGUCAACAGCAUACAGUCAUACCUCCACACCAUGGUCUCGGGCGUCGUCGGAACCGGGUCGGCGCACACACGGACAGACAGACAGACAGACAGACAGGCAGCUUGCGAGAGAGGCAAUGGUCUCAUCUCACCAUCAUCCAUCCAUCGAUCCAUCCAUCCAUUGUGGAGUGCAGGUCUUACCCGAUGCGUUUCCUGACGUUCGCGGCGAUGCUGCUCUAUCAAUUCUGCGUGUCCGCAUUUGACAUGGUCUUUCAGGUCAGCCCAGACACCGAUGGCACGCACCAACACACAGAACAUCUAUCCAUUGUGUCGCCUGUCUGUCUGUCUGUCUGUCUGUGUAUCUCUGUUUGUGUGUGUGCAGGCACUGACCUUCUUCACGGCUCUGUACUACCUGCUCACCCCGCGUGUGUCGUGCCUCAACUACCUAGAGCAGGUGGGGGGCUCUCUGCGGGCGGCCAGCGGCCGUCCGCACGGCCGACUGUCUCUCUCUCUCUCUCUCUCUGUGUGUGUGUGUGUGUGUGUGCAGCUCCUGUCGCUGGUGGAUCCCUCCCAGCUCAUCUACGGCUGCAUCGAGGGCGGCUUCAGAGCCAUCCUCGUGUCGUCCAUGAAACGCUGCCUCUUCUACAGGCAGGCAAACAACACUACACACAGACACAGACACAGACACAGCAGAAGCUUCGACCGACCAAAUCUCUCUCUCUCUCUCUCCCUCUCCCUCUGUCUAUCUGUCUGCCUGUCUGCCUGUCUGAUCAGCUUUUACACGUGGCACAUCUUUUGUUGGUUCGACGUGCCGAUAGUGUUUGUGCCGACGGCUUUCGCGGUGCUGAUAGCCCUGGUGCCCAUCAUCCCCCCCGAGGUGGUGACGCUCCCCGCCGUCUUCUACCUGUGGUUCCACGCCAGGCGCAUCGCUGCUCUCGCACUCCUCUCCAUCACCGGGUCAGUCAGUGAGGCGGUCGGCCGGUCGGUCGGUAGAUAGAAAGAUGGUCUAUUGUGUGUAUCUACUAUCUUUGCUGGGGCGGAUUGUCUGUCUGUCUGUCUGUGUGUAUGUCUGUGUGUGCAGGUACGUGUAUUGGUACGUGACGACGGCCAUCUACGCGGAGAUCCCCGACUCCAACCCCUGGCUGGUGGGCCUCUCUGUGGUGCUCGGCAUAUGGGCUCUCGGGCUCAAGGGCGUCAUCGUAGGUACGCCUGACGCACCCACCCACCCCACCAGCCCGCCCGUCCGUCCGUCCGUCUGUCUGAUGUGGGAUGGAUGAAUGAAUGAAUGAAUGAUGCAGGCCCGUUGAUCGCCUCCAUCCCAGUGAUUCUGUACAACAUCGUGGCGCGGUACAACGCCAAUAAGCGGCGUGAGACCCGCGCUAUCAAGCGGCGGCGCGUCCGGCGGGCCACCCGGCGCAUCUACCACUACCGCAUGGCGUAUGCCCACCCCCAUCCCCACCAGAUGCACCACCCCAUGUACCACCCCGGCGGCCCCUACUCUCACCACUUGCACAUGGCCAUGCGGUCGUCCACCAUGCACCCAGCAGGGGCCAGGACGGGCUUGAGGGCGGCGUCGGUGGACAGCACCACUGGGGGGUCGCCCAGGCCACCCGUACCCACCACCUCCACACGCAGAGAGGAUGGAAGGCCACAGGUGGGUAACCAACGAUACGAUCGGAGCGACAGAGAGACGGAGAGAGAGAGGGAGGGAGGCAGGCAUCGUUUCUCGAUGAGGACAUGACAUGAAUGUGUUGUCUUCUUUCCUUCUUUGUCCAUCCAUCCACCGAUGGACCAGAGUGUUGGGAGUUCCUCUGACGGCCUGGUCCUUACGGGUGGUGUGCCACUCGCCUCUGCUGAGGCCACCGAUGACGCCACGACCCUCUCAGGCCAGCAGAGCCCAGAGGCUGCUGCCGCUGCUGCUACUGGCGGCCACACCAAUGCACCCUUCAAGUAGGCCCGGGGGCAAUACACACACACAGAUGGAUAGAUAAUCCUCUGUGCCGUGUUUGAUAUAUGCCUGUGCAGGCUGCUGGUCCCCAGAAGGCCGUCAAAGGCGUUGCGCAGCGCCAACCUGGGCCGGCUGCUGGCCACGCCCCCCAACCAGCGCGCCACAGCCCUCUCCCAGAGCCGACCGCCGCGGCUUAUGCCCGCUGCUGACCAUCCCUCAGACCGCCGUGGGUCUGGUGCAUUCCUGCGCCUGAGGAGCAGCGACGCUUGCAUGAGCACCCCAUCGAACAGCCCGCUGCGCACCGGGGUUACUACUGGGUGGGUGGCCCUUGAGAGUGAGGGCGGGCAUGAGCCGCCGGGUAGUGGUGGUGCUGGUGGCGGGGGUGGGCCUGUGAGUGUGCGGCGGCGCGGGGGCGGUGUGGGUGGGGAUUCGGAUGGCAGACGUGUGGGAGAGAGGGCAGAGACCAUCGAGUGACCGAAGGAAAAGCGACAAUUGUGUGGAGUGGGGUGGAUUGGAUUGGAUUGGAUUUGUGUGAGGAGUAAAUACGACUACGCAGACAGACUGUGGGUUUUGUUUGUCUGUCUGUUUGCGGUGGUGUUGGUGUAAGUAGUAGGUGGGGAG